UCUUAGGUUUUCUUGGUAUAAUUUUGACAAGAUGCUAAUCAAAAUAUAACGUCGCAUCCUCUAUCCUGAUUGAUUGAGUUUGUCCCGCAGGUCAAUUCAGUCGGGUACUGUAGGGUUCGCAUGAAGAAGCCAGGGGUUUCCCGAACGAUUAAACAAGAAAAUGAAAGCCAACACUGUGAAUCAGACAGCAAUUUUAGAAUAUGACAGAAGGCAGUCUUCUCAUUAAGAUUAUAAAAGCGAACCUUAGAACGACAAAGGUUCAUAACAGCUCUGAUGCUUCAGGAAACACAGUGGAAAAUCGCACACUAACUGAAGCCUCUUCCAAAUGGAAAUUCUAUUUACAGCUGUUGCUGGUACAUGGGCGUUCUAUAAUGCUUAUAGAAACAUUCGACAUUUUCCUCCUCGUCUUUUUUAUAAUCCUGUGUUACGUACUCUUUCUACUUUUGUCCUAAACGAACCAACAUCUACUUGGUCUAAACAAGAAGAAUGCGAAGCGGCAGCGGCAGUGUUUUCUGUCAUCGCUGGUGUAAAGUUUGUCAGCGAAAAGGAUGUUCAAAAGCAGCUUGAGCUGGGCAAGAAGGUGACACCAGUCGAGAUCAAGGAUGUCUUCUAUGGUCGACUCAGCUCUUCCCAGAACCAAGUUCACGACCAACAACAGCAACUUUACUACGUUCCGGAUUCCGCUUACGAUCCACAGUACGACUAUGACUUUACUGACUACAAGGGAGAUGACACUAACUGUACCAGAGGAGACUAUCCUUACAAGAGACCAGCUGGUUGGAACAGAAAGGCUGUGAAAGUGAUUGGCAAGUAUGAAGAUGAUGUUUGGUUGGGACAGCAAGGCUGGAGGGAUGAAUCUUCCCCAGGAGAAUGGCCAGUAUCCUACUAUGGGACCAAGAUAGAGAACGUCCCCAGUAUUGUGGCCGGUGGAUACGACACCAAUAAGUGUGUGCGUAAAGCGUAUGGUCCUGGUAUCUACUCCACACCAGACAUCAAUGUAGCCGAAGGUUAUGCUACAAACUUCAACUACAAAGGAGUCAUUAGCAUACGACAAGGAUGAACUUUUAUCACUUCAAAACGCAUUAUUCAGACUGAAAAAAAAUUGGGUCAUUGCGCAGCUCAUUAGUGUAGAAUCAAAAUCUCGAGAAUAUUCUCAAAUGUGUCAUAGGCACUUUAAGAACACGUACCAUCAGUAAUUCUCAGUACUGAGGCAUCCUCAGGCUAAUAUAAGGACUUCCAUUUGAUCUCUUUUUGACAGCUCAUCAAAAACCAGCUAAUCAUCGCGCAGAAAAAUAUCUGAUCAAGCACUCAAUCCAAUCGAAUUAGUGUCAUGCUAAAAAAUAACAUAGCGGCCGUAAUCAGAGAAUAUAGCUCUGAAUCUUUGCUUUCCUAGCUACGUUAUGGACUAGCAAUGCAUUUACAAUUUUACGUAUACUUAUAACAACUACUCAUGGGUCAAAUGCAUGUUGCAUCAAUUCUUUGAUGAAAUUAUCUUGGAAUGAUAGCUCUUUGUUCGCAGAUAAACAACUGAAA